GGUAUUAGUAUCAUUAUUAUAUGCUAACUAUUUCAAAAUUCAAAUAUUAUAGGUAUUAAUUAAAAUAAUUUAACUGAAAAAUAAACAAAAUACUAUAUAAAAGCUGAAAGGUUAAAUUAAUGAAUGGACGUGAUUGUGGCAAUGAUAUCACUAGUUUGUCUCUAUAUCCACCUUUCACGGACUAACUUUGAAUCAUUCUGCUAUAGAAUACCAUGAAACCAAAUCAUAGAACGAAGAGUAAGAUUAAGUUGUUUUGAUAUCUAAAAGAGAAAGGGAGAGAGACAAACUAAAGGAGAUCUAUCGAGAGAGAGAAAGAGAGAGAGAUGGAGAAGUACUUGAGAGAGAACUUUGAUGUUGAUGCAAAGAGACCAUCUGAAGAAGCUCUAAGGCGAUGGAGAUGUGCUGUUUCUGUGGUUAAGAACCCUCGUCGAAGGUUUCGUAUGGUUGCAGAUCUUGCCAAGCGAGCUGAAGCUGAAAGAAAACGUAAAAAGCUUCAGGAAAAGAUUCGAAUAGCUCUCUACGUGCAAAAAGCUGCAUUGCAUUUUGUUGAUGCUGUUAAUCGAGUCGAGUACAAGCUCUCCAACGAUGUAAAAGAAGCUGGCUUCUGUGUGGGACCUGAUGAAUUAGCUUCCAUUGUUCGAUCCCACGAUUCCAAAUCCUUGGGAUUGCACGGAGGAGUUGAAGGACUAGCCAGACAUAUUUCUGUGUCUUUAAAUAAUGGGAUCGUGUCUACCGAUGUUCCCAACAGACAAAAUAUAUAUGGUCUUAACCAACAUGCAGAGAAACCUUCUAGAUCUUUUUGGAUGUUCGUUUGGGAAGCUCUGCAUGAUCUAACACUGAUUAUUCUCAUGGUUUGUGCUGCGGUUUCUAUUGGCGUUGGUAUUGCUACUGAAGGCUGGCCAAAAGGAAUGUACGAUGGGCUUGGAAUAAUCCUUUGUAUUUUCCUGGUAGUAAUCGUUACUGCAAUUAGCGACUUCAAGCAAUCUUUGCAAUUUAAGGUCUUAGAUAAGGAGAAGAAAAAUGUACUUGUUCAAGUGACCAGAGAAGGAUGUAGACAGAAGGUUUCCAUCUACGACUUAGUGGUUGGCGAUAUUGUUCAUCUAUCCAUUGGAGAUGUAGUUCCUGCAGAUGGGGUUCUUAUUUCAGGCCAUAGCUUGUCAGUUGAUGAAUCCAGCUUGUCAGGUGAGAGUGAGCCUGUGGAUUUAAACAAGAAAAGGCCGUUUCUACUUUCAGGGACAAAAGUGCAAGAUGGGUAUGGUAAGAUGCUAGUGACAGCAGUUGGGAUGAGGACUGAAUGGGGUAGAUUAAUGGCUACUCUAAGUGAAACUGGCGAAGAUGAGACACCAUUGCAAGUGAAGCUUAAUGGGGUUGCCACGAUUAUUGGGAAAAUCGGUUUAGUUUUUGCAGUGAUGACAUUUUUGGUUCUGAUGGGAAGGCUUGUAAUGAUAAAGACAGAUAAUCAAGAGAUCACAAAAUGGUCUACAUCUGAUGCAUUACAGGUUUUAAAUUUCUUUGCUAUAGCUGUUACUAUAAUUGUUGUUGCAGUUCCUGAAGGGCUUCCUCUAGCUGUAACACUAAGUCUAGCAUUUGCAAUGAAGCAACUAAUGAGAGAUAAAGCCCUAGUGCGACAUCUCUCUGCAUGUGAAACAAUGGGUUCUGCUACUUGUAUUUGCACUGAUAAAACUGGGACAUUGACAACAAAUCAUAUGGUGGUUAAUAAAAUAUGGAUAUGUGAAGAAACAAAAUUAACAAAACAAGAUAAUAUCUUGUCUUCUAUUUCUAAAGAAGUGCAGCAAAUCCUUCUGCAGUCUAUAUUUCAAAACACUGCCUCUGAGGUAGCCAAAGGAAAAGAUGGAAAGACCAACAUUUUAGGGACACCAACAGAGACAGCAAUACUGGAGUUUGGAUUGCAUUUGGGAGGUGAAUUUAAAAUCCAUCGCCAUGAGUCUCAUAUUGUAAAGGUUGAGCCUUUCAAUUCUGUGAAAAAGAAGAUGUCUGUGCUUGUUUCUCUACCUAACAAAAAUGGGUUUCGAGCAUUUUGCAAAGGUGCCUCAGAAAUAAUACUGAAAAUGUGUGACAAGGUCAUAGCUAGAGAUAGCAAGCCAGUGAAGAUGUCUGAAGAACAAAGAAAGAAAAUCACAGGUGUCAUAGAUGAUUUUGCAAGUCAAGCUUUAAGAACUUUGUGCUUGGCUUUCAAGGAUAUGGAGAAACCUCCAAGUGGGGAUUGUAUUCCUGAAGACAACUAUACAUUAAUAGCUGUGAUUGGAAUUAAGGAUCCUGUAAGACCUGGGGUAAAGGAAGCUGUAAAGUCUUGUUUAGAGGCAGGGAUUAUUGUGAGGAUGGUCACUGGUGAUAAUAUCAACACUGCCAAAGCCAUAGCUAGGGAAUGUGGGAUCUUGACAAAUAAUGGCUUAGCAAUUGAGGGCCCAGAUUUUCGUAAAAAAAGCCCUCAGGAAAUGCAAAAGAUAAUACCAAAACUUCAGGUUAUGGCUCGCUCCUCUCCUUCAGACAAGCAUAUAUUGGUAACCCAAUUGAGGAAUGUGUUUAAAGAAGUUGUGGCAGUGACAGGAGAUGGGACUAAUGAUGCUCCUGCCUUGGCCCAAGCAGACAUUGGGCUUGCCAUGGGUAUAGCAGGAACUGAGGUUGCAAAAGAAAGUGCAGAUGUUAUAAUAAUGGAUGACAACUUUACUACUAUAGUGAAUGUCGGAAGAUGGGGUAGAUCUGUUUAUAUUAAUAUCCAGAAGUUUGUUCAGUUUCAGUUAACCGUUAAUGUGGUUGCCCUAAUGAUUAAUUUCAUUUCAGCUUGUGCCUCAGGUGAUGCUCCACUUACUACAGUGCAACUGCUAUGGGUGAACUUGAUAAUGGACACUCUUGGUGCACUGGCAUUAGCUACAGAGCCUCCUAAUGAUGGACUCAUGAAACGACCUCCAAUUGGAAGGAAUGUAAAUUUCAUCACAAAGAUUAUGUGGAGGAACAUUAUUGGACAGAGCAUCUAUCAGAUUAUUGUUCUUGUAAUCCUUCAGUUUUAUGGGAAAGGCGUUUUGAAGCUAAAAGGUUCAGAUUCAACUGACAUCCUCAACACUUUCAUUUUUAACACCUUUGUCUUUUGCCAGGUGUUCAAUGAAAUAAACAGCAGAGAUAUGGUGAAGAUAAAUGUAUUUCAGAAAAUUUUUGAUAGCUGGGUAUUCUUAGGUGUAAUGGUUUCGACAGUAGGUUUCCAAAUUAUAAUGGUAGAAAUUUUGGGACCAUUUGCUGAUACUGUUCCAUUAAGCUUGGAGUUGUGGUUAUACAGUAUCUUAAUUGGAGCUGUAAGCUUAAUUGUUGCAGUUGUUUUGAAGUGCAUUCCUAUUCAAACUGACCAAACCAACAAGCUUGCCAUUGGUCAUGAUGGUUAUGAGCCGCUUCCUAAUGGUCCAGAUAUGGCAUAAGAGUUUACUUCUUCUUUUGUUUUUUAUUUUAUUAUUGCUUAACAAAAGGAUUUAGAGCAGAAUUGUAUGCUUGGAACAUGAAAUUAAACUUGAGAAUUUUGUUUCUUCUUUAUUCUUUUUAUGCCAAUCUCAUUGCUUCAUUUC